AUGCCCGCGGCAGACUUUGAGACCUUCCUCAACUCGGUCAAGUCCGAGUCGUUCUCCGAUGGCAAGAUGGAAAAAGUGCGCAUGGUCUCCAAGACCGCGCGGUUCUCGUGUGAGCAGGCAGGUCGUCUCCUUGACGCCCUUAGCUUCGACUCGGACAAGAUCGACAUGGCCGUCCUCCUCCAUCCGACCCUUGUCGACGCCCACAACUUCUACCAGGUUCUUGACCACCUGGGCUUUGACUCGUCCAAGAACGAUGUCCGCUCGCGGCUGGGCCUCUAG